AUGAAUAAAUAAUUCAUCAUAUUUGCAUUGUUGCUUGCUUAUGCAACUUGUCAAACCUAUAGUAUAACAUCAUGCACAUGUGCAUAAUUGUUAUCAGAAGGAGAUUGUUUAAAAAAUGCAUCCCUUGGCUGUUCAUGGGAUAGUACAAAGAAAGCCUGUGCAGUUUCUACUACUCCAGUCACUCCAACAGUGACUUAUGCAGCAUAUUGUGAUACAUUUGCUGAAGCAGAUUGUCCUAAAGCUAAACCUUGUACUGAUUGUGGUAACUAUGCUGCCUGUGCCUGGGUUCAAGGCAAAUGCACAUACUUCACUGGAUGCACAGCUUUUUCAAAAACAACAGAUGCUGAAUGUUAAGCAAUAAGUAAUAGAUGUAUUACAGAUGGAACUCAUUGUGUUGAAGUUGAUGCUUGUAGCACAUAUAAGAAACAACUCCCUUGUGUAAAAAAUACUGCAGGAAGUUUGUGCUAUUGGGAUACAACAAAUAACACUUGUGUAGAUGCUAAUACCUGUGAUAAAUUACCAGCAACAUUUGCUACAGAUAAAGAAUGCAGAGAUGUCAUAUCUACUUGUACAACAAAGACUGGAGGUGGAUGUGUUGAUAGUGGAAAUAAUUGCAGUGAUUAAACAUUAGAAAUUCAAUGUGUUUGGAAUAAAUUAAAGUCUACUGCAUGUUAUUGGGAUGGAGCUGCAUGUAAAGACAGAAUUUGUGAUAAUGCACCAGCUACAUUAACAACUGAUGAUACAUGUAAAACAUUUAGAACUGAUGGAACCUGUACAACAAAAGCCAAUGGAGGAUGUGUUACUAGAACUACUUGUGCAGCUGCUACUAUCUAAGCUGCUUGUGUUAAAAAUAGUACAGGUGGAGAUUGUUAUUGGACAGGAACUGCAUGUGUUGAUAAGACUUGUACAAAUGCACCAACCACAAUGACAACCAAUUCAGCUUGUGCUGGAUUUGUAACAGGAUGUAUCACUAAAUCAGGAGGAGGAUGUGUCUCUAAUGGUGCUUGUUCAGCUGCAAAUGUUUAAGCCGCUUGUGUGAAAAAUACUUCUGGUACUGAUUGUAUUUGGGAUACAACAUGCAAAGAAAAGACAUGUGCUAAUGCACCAACAACAAAUAAUACUCAUGAAUUAUGUACAUCAUACUUAUCAUCAUGUACAGUUAAAGUAGGAGGUGGAUGUUAACCAAGAACUUGUGCAAAUGCUCCAACAACAAUAACAACAAAUGAUGCAUGUGAAGCAUAUUUACCAAAUAAUAAUUGUAUAACAAAGACUGCAGGUGGAUGUGUAACAAAUACUACAUGUGCAGUAAUUACCUUAGAAGCUGCUUGUGUUAAAAAUUCCUCUGGUGCUAUUUGUUUCUGGGAUACUGCAAGUUCAACCUGUAAGGAUAAAAUUUGCGCUAAUGCUCCAUCAACUAAUACUACUCAUGAUUUAUGCGUUGCCUUUUUAUCUACUUGUACAGUAAAUUCAACUAAUGCAGGUUGUGUUGAUAAAUCAUGUGAAAAUACAUUGGCAUAAACUAUUUGUGACAAAGAUUUAAAUAAUAAAGUUUGCAUUUGGAAAGGAAAAUGUUAUAAAAGAGAAUGUGUAUUAGCUUCAUCAACCACAGCUACUCAUGCAGAUUGUUAAACAUAUGAUUCUGGUUGUACUUUGAGUAAUACUGGUACUGGAUGUGUUCCUUUACCACUUAAAUGUGAAGCAAUCACAAUUGAAGCAGCAUGUAAUAUUAGAUUAUAAGUUACAAAUGGAGUUAAAUCAUUCCCUCUAUGUGGUUGGAAUGGUUCAUAAUGUAUUGAUAAAGCUUGUUCCACUGCUCCAAAAACAACAGCAACAACAGCUGAUUGUGGUACUUACAAAACCAAUUGUGUAGCUAAUAAUCCAGUUAAUGGAUCAAUUGCAGGAUGUUAAGACUUACCAACAACAUGUGCAGCUAGAAAAUCAACUGAAAAUUGUGAAAUCACAAGAGUUGGAUUCCCAACAUGCUUAUGGAAUACUGCUACAUUAGCUUGCGUUGAGAAAUCUUGUACUACUGCUAGCGUUGCAACAACAACUGGAUUCUUGACAGUUUUUAGUUCUUCAAAUUGUUCAACUUAUUUAUCUACUUGUAUUGCUAAUAACACAGCAGAUGGCUGCAUUCCAAAACCAUCAAGUUGUACUUCUUUAACUUCAACUAAUUGCGGAAUUGCUUCAAAAGCAAAUGGAGAUUGUUAUUGGAAUGGUACUAGUUGUGUUGAUAGAACUUGUACAAAUAUUUCACAAUCUACUCACCUUGGUUGUUAAGGUGUUUUGAAUACAUGCACAGUGAAUAAUGCAAAAACAACUUGUUAAAAUUUAGCUACAGCUUGUACAUCUUAUGGAUCUGCUGAAAAUUGUAAAGUUACUUCUGCUGGAAAAAAUUGUAUAUGGACUGGAACUGCUUGUAGAAAUGCUACAUGUGCAGAUGCAGAAGAUAGUAAUACAAGAGAUAGCGAUUCUGAAUGCUCAAGUUAUUAAACUCCUUCUGAUACUUGUACAGUUUUAUACAAAACAGGAGGAUUAGGAUGUGUGACAAGAUCAGCUAAUUGCAGUGACUAUGCAUCAUAAGCUUAAUGCGUAAGAACUUUAGCAGCUACUUCAGAUGACUGCACCUGGAAAUCUGCAUAUAGCAAAUGCUAUUCUAAUACAUAUCUUCAAGGUGCAUGUUCAACAUUUACAGGUACAAAAACUCAAUGUGAAUCUAUUAAAACAGGUUGUACUAACACUGUUGGUGCUACAGAAUCAGAUGCUUGUACAUUUUCUUGUGCUUUAAUAACCCUAACAUCUCAUGCCAAUUGUUAAACAUAAAGUACUACUUGUACUGUAGAUCAAGCAGGAACUACAUGUUAAGCAGUUUAAGCAACAUGUGCAGGUUAUGGAACAACAUAAGCUAGCUGUUCAUUUAGAACUGAUGGUUUGAAAUGCCAUUGGGAUGGCACUAAUUGUCUAGAUAUUACAUCCACAAAUUGUAAUCUUAUUACAGGAUUGACAGGUCCAGCUAAUGUUGAAGCAACUUGUUAAGCAUAUAAUACUGCCUGUCAUAUUAAUGGUACUCCUGAUGGAUGCUAAGCAUACGUAGCCACUUGUGCAGCAUAUACAACAACAUAAGCUAACUGUACAAAAAGAACUGAUGGUUUGAAAUGCUUUUGGGAUGGCACUAAUUGUUAGGAUAUUACAUCAGCAAAUUGUAAUCUUAUUACAAGUUUAUCAAGUCCAGCUAAUGUUGAAGCAACUUGUUAAGCAUAUAAUACUGCCUGUCAUAUUAAUGGUACUCCUAAUGCAUGCUAAGCAUACGUAGCCACUUGUGCAGCAUAUACAACAACAGAAGCUAACUGUACAAAACGAACCGAUGGUUUGUAAUGCUUUUGGGAUGGCACUAAUUGUGUUGAUAUUACAUCAGCAAAUUGCAAUGCUCUUACAAGUUUGGCUACUCCAAAUAACACUCAUGCUUAUUGUUAAGGACAUAGUACUGCUUGUACUAUUAAUAAAGCUCUGGGUGCAUGUUAAGCAGUGUAAGCAACUUGUGUAGGAUAUGCAACUACAGAAACUAGCUGUUCAUUUAGAACUGAUGGUUUGAAAUGCCAUUGGGAUGGCACUAAUUGUCUAGAUAUUACAUCAGCAAAUUGUAAUCUUAUUACAGGUUUGUCAAAUCCAAAUAAUGUUGAAGCAACUUGUUAAGCAUAUAGCACUUCCUGUCAUAUUAAUGCUGGUGCAACUGCAUGUUUUGCUUUUACCACAUGUGAAGCAAUUACAGGCACGAAUAUCACUUGGGAUAUUUGUUAAGGUUACAGUACUACUUGCAGUGUAAAGAGAGAUGGAACUGGUUGUGUAACAAAUCAGGCUUAAUGUUCAGGUUAUACUACAAUUGCCAAUUGUUAUAGAUCAACUGCAGGAUAUUGUACUGCUAAUGCUGCUGAUACUACCUGCCAAGCUAUAACAGCUACAACUACUUGUGAAUAGAUCAAAUUAGGAGCAGGAUUUACUUUUGAUGACACAAAAUGCAAUACUUUCAAAACUGGUUGCGUUGCAUAAGGAACUUCAGGAUGUUAAACAAAGACAUGUGCUAAUAAAACAACACCAUUUGCUCAUACAAAUUGUAAUACUUGGUUGAAUACUUGUACUGCCAAUGCUGCUUCAUCACCAACUGCAUGUGUAACAUUGCCAACCACCUGUGCUAGUUAGACUGCAGCAGCAUGCGUUUGGGCAGUUGAAGGUGAAUGUGUUGUUUCAGGAACAUCUUGUGUCAGAAAAACCUGUGAUACUGCAACAGCAGAUACAAGUUAUGAUUCACAUGCUGAAUGUAUUGGAUAUCUAUCUACUUGCACCGUUGCAAGAGUUGGAGGUUGUUAAGCAAGAGCUGCUUGUUCCGCAUAUAAAUCCAGUUAAUAAUGUAAAUUCAAUACAAGUGGUGGAAAAUGUUACUGGAAUCCAACUAAUAAGAAUUGUGUCGAUUUGAAUUGUGGUAAUAUUGAAGCUACAACUUCAUAUGAUACUCAUGCUGAAUGUGUAGCAGUUGAUACAACUUUACUUUGUACAGUUAGAGCUACAAAUGGAGCUGCCGUUCCUGGUUGUACUGCUAGAGGAGCAUGCAGUUCUUAUUCAAUUGAGGAUUAAUGCAAAACUAAUGCAAGUGCAGGGUAUCUGUGUUUGGAAUACUAAUUUAACUACACCAGUAUGCUAAGAUAAAUCAUGCACAACUGCUCCAACUGCAACAGCAACACAUACUGA